UUUAUGAUUUAAUGUCACUAAAUAGCAGGCGGUGACCCUACUUUUUUACUUCAAGGUCAAACUAAACCAUCUCAGAUUGAAAGAACAUCUUGUCACCGCAUUUUUUGAAAGUCUUAAAAUAUUACAAAAUAUAUGCAAGUUUUUAGCAAGGUCAUAAAAGAAAUACGAGUCGCAACGAUCAUAGUUGUAACCAUGAUCAAGAUAAUUUAACGACUGUAAAAAGUAAAAUCUGAUACUUAAACUGACGAUAUAGGUGGAAAAGAAUUACAGGUCUCAGAUGUUGUUGACUUUGCCACCAUAGAUUUAUUGUCCUUAUGGUAGGAACUUCCUCGGUAGGCGUGACAUUAUGUAACGAGGAACCAGAUUUUCAACUUUCCUCCAUUGCAUUUUGUUUACAGGAGGUAAGGUAGAACUGCUUUAUAAAAUCUACAUCCUUACCUCGCUGAAACACUGUGUAGCAAUACCCAAGUAUGUGUAUUAUCUGCAGGUAAAUUAAUAUUUUCUUUUGUGUUGUAUUUUGUUUAAAAUGCCAAUACAGUGUCAACGGGCAAGGUACGUAUAUCUACCGGAAUAUAUGUACUGCAUUAGUGUGGGAAAACUAAUAUUGAAGCUAGAACAUAAUGCACAUUUGUCGGCGAUCUCUAUCUUAACGUCCACGUUUUUUGAAUUGGAUGUGCAAUAACAGACUGAAACAAAUACUUCCAAAAAGACUGUUUUAUCUUCACUGAAGCAGAACUAAUAUUGACCAGAUAGAGAGGUGGUUUGCGGUCGUCAGUGCAGAGCAAAAUCAAGCUUUGUUUCUCCGGAAGAUUCAGCAACCCCGAAGAAGAGAAAGCAAAGACGUUCUCUACCAACACACACCUCGGACAUUGUCAAUCUUGCCUCAAAAUCCCCUUCCAAACAUAGAAAGGAUCUUGGCACAAAACGGCGAUCUUCCGCCUCUGUGGCGACACCACCUUCGCGUGGCUCCCAUUCCAAUCUGUCGUCUAUGUUUGAAUGUGAUGAGAAUGAUACCACUUUGGCACCUUUGACUUCGUACAGCAAAGAACAGGUUGUGGAUGACCAUUUAACCUACGGUCACCGGAAGUGUGGCUACUCCAAUCUUGCCAUGUCGUUUGAAGAUUUUGACAUUGUAGGGGACAGUAAUGAACACAGAUUUCCAUGGCAGAAAGAUAUAUCGAUUCAGUGUUGUCUUGGAGAUAAUUUAAUUACUAACGGAAUGGGAUACUUUCCUGCCUGGAAUUCGUACCUUCCCCGAGAUAGGACUUCAUCUCUCACCCGAGAUGAAAUUCCGUCUCAUCCUAAUAUGUUCCGGCCAAAAUCCACCGGAUGUCUGACCACAACGCUGUGUAAGGAAGACCUCCAGAAACUGCAUCUAAAACAUGCUAGUAAUCUGACGUCGCCACCAAACCGCGAGAAGACAAACCUUUUAGGAAGAUAUAUGGAGGCAAUCAGUGGACAGGGACCCGCACAGCUGGACGAGUCUGAGGGCUACAUCCUUCCCUCCCCGAGGAUCUCGCCCAUCACUAUCCCAGACCGACCCGAGUUCGUGUUUGAUUCGGACUCUGAUCCCCACCAAGAUCAGUUAACCGAAAGCAGAUUUUCACCAACUAAGAAGUCAGCGUCAAAUGAUGGUAUGUACAAUUCCGACGAUAAAGAACCGUCUCCUUCAAACGUCAGACGUGGCAGACGAGCGGCCAUUAUAGAUACCAAGAACAUUGGAGAUGUUUCUCCUACCAAUAUGUCCCCCGUAUCAUCGCCAUGUUCUUCUGAUGACGAAACAGACAGAUCCAGUGACGUAACGGACCGUCUGGGUUCGCAUGGUUCCUUUGAUGUUGGUACUGUUCCUAGCGAAUUCCUUUUGUCGGAUCCUAACAACCGACUGGUGAAGAGGAACACCAUAGCAGACUUCUCCACGCCUCCAAAAGCGGAAGAUCAUCGAAAAGGAAGAUCGUCAUUCAGUUUGAUAAAAAAGAUGAGGGCUCGCAGUAAAGAUUCACUUCAUCAACUGGAGGAUUUACUAAGGAAGAUGAAACCAUCCGAAUUCAAAGACAACCAUUUGUCGAUUUAUAAGUCCUUGCAUUGGACAGACCUGAUUGCUAGCUCCGACAAGUCACCCACACACAUCGAUCUCCCAGAAAAAGAACGUAAGCGCCGUGAGGCAGUGUGGGAACUUUUCAAGGCAGAAUGUACAUAUCUUAUAGACCAUCUGAUGGUGCUAAAGCAUUGUUUUAUGGAACCUCUGAAAAAGGUGCAGGUGGAGGGAUAUUUAAUGUUUGCUGAGCCGCAAGAUCUUCUAGGGAACUUGGAUGAAUUGUGCUACGUAAGUUACACCUUUUGUAAAGAUUUCAUCGCCUCUCUCCUGAAGGACAUCAGCAACACAAAGUUCGGAAACACAAACGUUUUACUUCAGUCGUUUGAGAGAUUUACCACUCACUCACGUGAUGGGGGCAUCUACCAUACAUAUUGUCUGAAUUACGUCAACGCCCUACCUUACCUACACCUGCUCCGGAAAAAUGAAGAAUUUGUCGAAUUCGAAAAGUGGUGCUGUCACGAUCCCAGAUGUAAUCGAUUACAGCUAACAGACUUGAUGGUUGCUCCUCUCCAGCACUGCACAAAGCUUCCUCUCCUGCUGGAAAACGUCAAAAAGUAUACAUCUGACGAGACGGAGAGAGACGCACUGUCCGAACUUGUCGUCAAAGUCAAUACGUCAUUACAAAAAAUGGAAGAUAAAAUGAAGUGGGCAAAAAACUUUGAAAGACUACAAGAAAUACAAAAGCAGCUAAUAUGGCCCCCGGUCUCGGACUUGGCCCCUAAGGCCAUGAUUCCUGAGUUUCUCAGGUCCAGUCUCUUGCAUCAACCAUGUGAAAAUUUCCUGGCGACCCAAGAUCGACAACUGCUGUUUGAGGGAUACGUUGUUCUCCACGAAAACGCAAAGGGAUUCGACAUUUACCUGUUUCUUUUUAACGACGUUCUACUUUUAACGAAACCGAAGAAAAUCCACAGAAAGAAACAUUCCCUGGACAGCUCAGCCAUGACAGUACAGACGACAUCUUCCAGUGAGAAGCAGACGUACACCGUGUACAGACAACCAAUCGCCGUGGACCGACUCUGCCUCUAUGACGUCAGUCACUCUGACGCCUCUGUAAAUGGACUGAAGAACGCUUUCGUGUUGGUGCAGUAUAAUCGCUACCACCAGAUCAUCGAUGUCCUUACGAUCCAGUGUGCCUUACGGGCGGUAAAGAAUUCCCUGAUGGAAAAGAUCCACGAAGCCACUGGAAAUCAGCGAAACGCAUCAGGCCUCACAAGUCGGACAAAUUCUAUUUCGGAAGUUUCUACAUAACCAAGGCCUGGAGUUUUAGAAUCCUGGUCUUUCAGAGGUUAUCUUGAUUAUAAAAGAAACUUCUUAUGCAAAUUGCUAUGCUUUUUAAUUUUCUAGGAAUGAAAUCUAUUUUGAAUAGAGACAACAAACCUGCUUUAUGAAUGACAGAGUUAGCGAGACUCGUUAAUAUUAAAUACCAAUUCACCA